AUGGAUACUCCAUCCUCUGGCACAACAACACCAGUCGAUCUAGAACACGGCUACGGCCAGAUCCGCAAACGACUCACAGUCACCUUCCGCAACCUGAACGUCCGAGUUACAGCACCAGAUGCUGCUUUAGGAAGCACGCUGUGGUCAGAGGUGGACCCGCGACAGCUGGGGGGACUGCUGAAGCGCGGCGACCGCCCGAAAAGGACGAUCCUUAAGGAUGUUGCAGGUCAGGUAAAACCAGGGGAGAUGCUUCUUGUAUUGGGCCGUCCAGGCUCCGGAUGCACUUCCCUCCUUCGAGUCCUCUCCAAUGAUCGUGACAGUUUCGAUGAAGUCACGGGCGAAACUAACUAUGGAAGCAUGGAUCACAAAGCUGCCAAAAAGUUCCACGAUGUCCACUUCCCAAGCCUUACCGUCAACCGUACAAUGAAAUUCGCUCUUCGGAACAAGAUCCCCAAUGAGCGGCCAGAGCAUCUGAGAAACCGCAAGGACUUUGUGCAGAACCAGCGUGACGAUAUCCUUGGGUCGCUUGGAAUUGGACACACGAAGAAGAACUUGGUGGGAAACGAGUACAUCAGAGGUGUAUCAGGAGGCGAACGUAAGCGCGUUUCGCUUGCCGAGGUCCUGGCUGGGCAAAGUCCAGUCCAAAUGUGGGACAAUCCCACUCGGGGAUUGGACUCAAAAUCAGCGGUGGAAUUUGCUCGAAUGCUCAGACGCGAAGCGAAUCGAAACGACAAGACAAUUAUUACCACUACAUACCAAGCCGGCAAUGGAAUUUAUGACCAGUUCGACAAAGUCCUUGUUCUGGCUGAAGGCUGUGUCACUUACUAUGGCCCUCGUCAUAUUGCAAGGAAAUACUUCGAAGAUCUAGGAUUCAUCUGCCCCAACGGUGCCAAUAUUGCAGACUUCCUUACUUCAGUCACUGUUGUUACCGAACGCACAGUCCGGCCCGGAUGGGAAGAAAAGGUGCCUAAUACACCCGAGGACUUCGAGAACUGCUAUCAAAACAGUUCUAUCUGCAAAGAACAAAUGAGAUCUAUUGUGGACCCCGGGAAGCUGAGCUACGAAGUUGAAGACCUUAACCUGGCGGUAUCCAGUGAAAAGCGCAAACAGCAUAUUCCUCGGAACAGCAGUGUUUAUACAGCGAAUCUCUGGGACCAGAUUGCCGCUUGUGCUCUCCGCCAGUUCCAGGUUAUCUGGGGUGAUAAGCUCUCGCUAUUCGUGAAGGUUGGGUCAGCUAUCAUCCAGGCCCUGAAGCGAUUCGGAUUUUACCGGCCAACAGCCUUCGCCAUUGCAAAUGCUAUCACUGAUAUCCCAGUUGUGAUGUUCCAGGUGACCUGCUUCUCGCUCAUCCUUUACUUCAUGUCUGCUCUUCAAAUGAAUGCAGGAAAAUUCUUUACCUUUUGGAUCAUCGUUAUUGUACAGACAUUGUGUUUUGUACAAAUAUUCCGAGCUGUUGGCGCUGUUUGCAAGCAGUUUGGAAAUGCGUCCAAAAUAUCCGGCUUGCUUACCACUGUCUUCUUUGUUUAUGGAGGAUAUCUUAUUCCGUUCCACAAGAUGCAUGUAUGGUUCCGUUGGAUCUUCUACCUCAAUCCUGGAGCAUAUGCCUUCGAAGCACUCAUGGCGAAUGAGUUUGUUGGACGGAAAUUUACUUGCAUAGAGCCCGACUAUCUUCCAUAUGGCACCGGAUACUCCAACUCAGCGUCUCCCCACCGUGGGUGUUCAGUCCUUGGAAGCGACGACGAAGGUAUUAUUGAUGGAGAAAAAUACAUUCAAGAGCAAUAUAGUUAUUCAGUCCAUCACAUCUGGAGAAGUUUUGGUGUUCUCAUUGGGUGUUGGAUUUUCUUCAUCUUUGUGACUUCUUUCGGGCUUGAAUUACGGAACAGCCAAAGUGGAUCAUCUGUUCUGCUUUACAAACGUGGCAGCGAAAAGACUCAUGGAAAGGAAGAACACGAGAAGUCAGAGUCUCCAAAGAAGGCAGAUGCUGGAGCACUUCUAGGCUCGGUCAAGCAAUCGACCUUUACAUGGAAGGAUCUUGACUACCAUGUGCCUUUCCACGGCGAGAAAAAACAGCUUCUAAACAAGGUAUUUGGAUUUGUCCAACCCGGAAAUCUGGUGGCCCUUAUGGGAGCUUCUGGAGCUGGAAAAACAACAUUGUUGGAUGUGCUUGCUCAGCGCAAAGAUAGCGGAGAGAUCUAUGGAUCGGUCUUGAUUGAUGGCCGCCCAGUUGGAAUUAGCUUUCAGCGCACUACGGGUUACUGUGAACAAAUGGAUGUGCACCUCGAGACAGCCACUGUCAAGGAGGCAUUGGACUUUUCGGCCGUUCUUCGCCAGCCAUCUACGGUUUCGCACGAUGAAAAGAUCGCCUACGUCGAACAUAUCAUCGACCUUUUGGAGUUGCGUGAUAUCAGUGAGGCACUUAUCGGAGUGCCGGGAGCUGGACUCAGCAUUGAACAGCGGAAACGCGUGACCCUCGGCGUUGAGCUUGUUGCUAAGCCCACAUUGCUCUUCUUGGAUGAGCCUACCUCCGGCCUUGAUGGGCAAAGUGCGUUUAACAUUGUGCGUUUCCUUCGCAAGCUGGUUGAUGGCGGCCAAGCCGUGUUGUGUACAAUCCACCAACCAUCUGCUGUGCUAUUCGACGCAUUUGACGGUCUUCUCUUGCUAGCUAAGGGCGGAAAAAUGACAUAUUUCGGAGAAACUGGCAAGGACUCAACCAAAAUCUUGGACUACUUCGCUCGGAAUGGAGCUCCGUGCCCUCCAGAUGCCAAUCCAGCAGAGCACAUCAUUGAUGUUGUUCAAGGAGGUGGUACUACGGACAAAACGGAUUGGAUAGAAGUCUGGAACCAGUCAGAAGAGCGCAAACAGGCACUCUUCCAGCUUGAUGCACUUAACGAGUCCAGCAAAAAUAAUUCCGACUAUGUCGAAGAUACUGCUGACUUUGCCACCUCGCACUGGUUCCAAUUCAAGAUGGUCUCUAAGCGUCUCAGUAUUCAUAUUUGGCGCUCACCAGACUACAUGUGGAACAAGAUAAUUCUCCAUAUUUUCGCGGCACUCUUCAGCGGCUUUACCUUCUGGAAGAUUGGGAACGGCACUUUCGACCUUCAGUUGAGACUUUUUGCGAUUUUCAACUUCAUCUUCGUCGCCCCGGGCUGCAUCAAUCAGAUGCAGCCCUUCUUCCUGCAUAGUCGUGAUAUUUUUGAGACCCGAGAGAAAAAGUCCAAAACCUACCACUGGAGCGCCUUCAUUGGAGCGCAGACUCUGACGGAGAUUCCGUACCUUAUCAUCUGCGCCACACUCUACUUUGCAUGCUGGUACUUUACUGCGGGGCUUCCGUUGGAGGCUAGUGUUUCCGGACAUGUCUAUCUUCAGAUGAUUUUCUAUGAGCUCCUAUACACUUCUAUUGGUCAGGCAAUUGCGGCAUAUGCACCUAACGAGUAUUUUGCGGCUGUGAUGAAUCCCGUCGUGAUCGGUGCUGGCCUGAUUAGUUUCUGUGGCGUGGUGGUUCCUUACUCCCUCAUGCAACCAUUUUGGCGAUACUGGAUUUACUACCUGGAUCCUUUCAACUACUUGGUUGGUGGACUGUUUGGUGAAGUGGUCUGGGAUGUCAAGGUCAAGUGUGAACCAUCGGAGUUUGUGGAGUUCACUGCGCCGUCGGGUCAGACCUGCGGCCAAUACAUGACUGAUUUUCUAGCCGCGCAAACUGGUUAUCUAGCUGAUGGAAACUCGACUGGGACAUGUUUGUUCUGUCCGUAUUCUGAAGGUUCUGAUUACGCGAAAACGUUCAAUCUUCAAGAAAAAUACUAUUCAUGGAGAGAUGUGGACCGGUAUCACCGCACUAUUCUGCAUCUCAUCGUAUGCCUUGGUCUUCUUGAUGAUGAAGCUCAGGAGCAAGAAGACGAAGAGUGCCCGUUCUGA